GAGAGAAAGAGACAUAGAGAGAGAGAGAGAGAGAGAGAGGGGCUUCACAUGGCAUGUGACCAACAGCUGUGUUUCCCUUCAUUCUCGUUCCCGAUAAAUACCUCACCUUCUUCACUUUCUUCCUUUUGACUCUCUUGAGCCUCUUUCGCUCUUUCUCCUUCUCUCUUACAAUCUCUCUUCCUUUGCUCUAAUGGAGCCCUAGAUAAUUUCAGAAAAAAUAUGGUGCGAACUCUGUAUUAUAGUUUCUCUGUCUUGCAUUCCAUGGAGUUGCAGAAGCUCUUACAAUACCUGACACUCUUCUCUGUUGUUCUUCUUGCCGGAAAAGUGGUGCCGGCGGAGCUUGACGGAGGUACGAAAGAUGCUCAGCAGUUGCUUUACUUCAAAGCUACGAUUUUGAACACCAGUGUGCUUCAGAACUGGCAGCCGAGUCAGAAUCCUUGCUACUUCACCGGAGUUUCUUGUAAUAACUCGAGAGUUUCCGCCCUGGAUUUGAGUUCUCUCCCUUUGAACUCCGACUUCCAGUACGUUUCGUCGUUUCUGAUGAGUUUGGAGCGUUUGGAGAGUUUGUUGCUGAGGAAUGCGAGUAUUAAUGGGAACCUCACUUCGGCUUCGGCGUCUCGGUGUAGUAGGUUGUUGAGCGAGCUUGAUCUGUCCGGUAAUUUUUUGUCUGGUUCGAUUUCAGAGAUUUCAAGCUUGUCUUCUUGUUCGGGCUUGACAUCUCUGAACCUGACGCGCAACAAUCUCAUUUUCUCUAUCGGACCGAAGGAUUCCGGUGGUUUACAGCUCAAUUUUCAGUCUCUGGAUCUCUCCAACAAUAAGCUUUCUGGUCAGAACGUAGUUCCAUGGCUUCUUGGUGGUGGUUGUAAUAAGCUCAAGUACUUCUCUAUUGGGGGAAACAAAAUCUCUGGGGAUAUUCCGGUAUCUAAUUGCCGGAGUUUGGAGUAUCUCGAUCUCUCGUCCAAUAAUUUCUCAGGGGACGUUCCGUCUUUUGGCGACUGCUCCGCUUUGCAGCACCUCGACCUCUCGGGGAAUAAAUUUUCAGGCGACAUCGGCGUGCCACUCUCCAGUUGCCAGCAACUCAGCUUCUUGAACGCAUCCAGUAACCAAUUUGCGGGCAACAUUCCAGCUUUCCCCAGCGGGAAUUUGCAGUCCCUUCUGCUUUCCACCAACGACUUCCAAGGCGAUAUACCUCUACAUCUUGCUGAUGCAUGCUCAACUCUUCUUGAGCUCGAUCUUUCUUUCAAUCACUUGUACGGUACGGUUCCUUCUAAUCUGGGUUCCUGCUCUUCUUUGGAGUCCAUUAAUCUCUCAAAUAACAACUUCUCUGGUCAAUUCCCAACUGAAACGCUCGUUCAACUGACUAGCUUGAAGAAACUUAUUCUUUCUUACAAUAAUUUUGUCGGUAGUUUGCCGGAUUUGUUAUCAAAGCUCACAAAUUUGGAGUUGUUAGAUCUCAGUUCCAAUAGUAUUUCCGGACCAAUCCCUCCGGGACUGUGUCAAGACCCUAAAAACAGCUUGCAGGAGCUGUAUCUUCAAAACAAUAUCUUCACGGGUACCAUUCCGCCAACUCUCAGUAACUGCUCCCACCUGGUUUCUCUUGAUCUCAGCUUCAAUUACCUCACAGGGAAGAUCCCUUCCAGCUUGGGAUCCCUGUCUCAGCUCCGGGAUCUAAUAAUGUGGCUUAACCAGUUUCAAGGUGAGAUUCCCCAGGAGCUUAUGUACAUCCAGACACUCGAAAAUCUAAUCCUAGACAACAAUGAGUUGACCGGAACUAUUCCUGCUGGUUUGAGCAACUGUUCCAAUCUGAACUGGAUAUCAUUGUCGAGCAAUCAGUUGAGUGGUGAGAUACCGGCAUGGAUUGGUCGGCUGAGCAAUCUAGCAAUCCUGAAACUAGGAAACAAUUCGUUCUCUGGUUGCAUUCCGCCGGAGAUUGGAGACUGCCGGAGCCUGAUAUGGUUGGAUCUCAAUAGCAAUCACUUGACCGGGGCAAUCCCUCCUACCCUUGUGAAACAAUCGGGUAAGAUUGCUGUUGGAUUGAUUGCGGGGAAGAGGUAUGUGUAUCUGAAGAAUGAUGGGAGUAGCAACUGCCGUGGAGCCGGAAACCUUCUUGAGUUUGGUGGAAUCAGACAGGAUGGGUUGAACAGAGUUCCAACAAGGCACCAAUGCAACUUUACAAGAGUCUACAUUGGAAACACAGCGUACACGUUCAAUAACAAUGGCUCGAUGAUUUUUCUUGAUCUGUCCUACAAUAUGUUGGAGGGUAGCAUUCCGAACGAUAUUGGCAAUAUGUUCUAUCUCUCUAUUCUGAAUUUGGGCCAUAACAACCUCUCUGGUCCCAUCCCUCCAGAAAUGGGAAGCUUAAAGAAUGUCGGGGUUCUUGAUCUGUCUCACAAUAAACUUGAUGGCCCAAUCCCUACGUCCUUGUCUAGUCUCUCUCUGCUCUCUGAGCUUGAUCUUUCUUACAACAACCUCUCUGGAGUAAUUCCUGAAUCCGGUCAGUUAGCAACUUUUCCAGCAGCGAAAUAUGCAAAUAAUCCGGGCUUGUGUGGUUACCCCCUCCCUGCUUGUGGAGAGGGUUCCAGUGCAUCCAAUCUACAGCAUCAUAAGUCUCGCCGAAGGCAAACAUCUCUGGCUGGAGGUGUGGCAAUGGGCCUAUUGUUCUCACUCUUUUGCAUAUUUGGUUUGAUUAUCGUUGCUGUUGAAAGCAGGAAGAGGAGAAAGAAGAAGGAUGCAGCCCUGGAUCUCUACAUUGACAGCCGAUCACAAUCAGGCACUGCAAAUGUCAGCUGGAAGCUAACUGGGGCACGGGAGGCGUUAAGCAUCAAUUUGGCGACCUUUGAGAAGCCUCUUCGGAAGCUCACAUUUGCUGAUCUUCUUGAAGCUACCAAUGGUUUCCAUAACGAUAGCCUCGUCGGCUCUGGUGGCUUCGGUGAUGUGUAUAAAGCCCAGCUCAAGGAAGGAAGUGUUGUAGCCAUCAAGAAACUAAUCCAUGUUAGUGGACAAGGUGAUAGGGAAUUCACUGCUGAAAUGGAGACCAUUGGGAAGAUCAAGCAUCGGAACCUCGUCCCCCUCUUGGGGUACUGCAAAGUGGGGGAAGAACGGCUCUUAGUGUAUGAGUAUAUGCGGUUUGGUAGCUUAGAAGACGUCUUACAUGAUAGGAGAAAGGCUGGGAUCAAGUUGAAUUGGGCAGCGAGGAGGAAAAUUGCCAUUGGAGCUGCAAGAGGUUUGGCUUUUCUCCACCACAACUGCAUCCCCCACAUAAUUCACCGGGACAUGAAGUCUAGUAAUGUCCUGCUUGAUGAGAACUUGGAAGCCCGGGUAUCAGAUUUUGGAAUGGCAAGGCUUAUGAGUGCAAUGGACACUCACCUGAGUGUCAGCACACUUGCAGGCACCCCAGGUUAUGUCCCACCCGAAUACUAUCAGAGCUUCAGAUGCUCAACCAAGGGUGAUGUUUACAGCUAUGGUGUGGUUCUCCUUGAGCUGCUUACCGGGAAGCAGCCGACGGACUCAGCUGAUUUUGGGGACAACAACCUAGUAGGGUGGGUGAAGCAGCAUGCCAAGUUGAGAAUAAGCGAUGUCUUCGAUCCUGAGCUUAUCAAAGAGGACCAAAGCUUGGAGAUAGAGCUGCUACAACACCUAAGGGUUGCGUGUGCAUGCUUGGAUGAUCGACCAUGGCGACGGCCCACAAUGAUACAAGUAAUGGCAAUGUUUAAGGAAAUUCAGGCAGGUUCAGGCAUUGAUUCCUCCUCGACUGUUGGGGAUGAUGGCAGUUUUGCAACAGUGGAGAUGAGCAUAAAGGAGGCUCCAGAGCCAUGCAAGCAGUAGCAGCAGCAUAUGGAAUCAAGCAUUUUUUUUCAUGGUCGUGAAAAUUUUCUUUUAGAAGAAAGGCGACACGGUUAUUAUUCGGCACCAAAUUUUUCCCUUCCACAUACCAUUUUGAAUGGUAUGGAAAUGGAAGUUUAAGUGUAUCUUUAUAAAUCCAUGUAUGUAUCAUAUUUCUCUGCUUUCUGUCUAGAAAAGAAAACUGUCUCUAGUUAUGUUAAUACACCAAAUUUUAGUUUUCCAUUUUCUUCUUUG